AUGACUGGCUUCCGUUAUAGCUUGAAUUACUCAGAGCUCCAAGUGUACCCUCAGUACCUGGAACAAGGUCUGGACACGGUAGUCGCUCAAUCUCCAUCCCAGAAGCACAUCAUCGGAAUAUUAAUGCAAAAGUACAAUACUAAGGCAAUGAAAAACCUGGGAAAAUACUAUAUUGCUGCAUCCUAUGUAAAGUAUUUGGAGUCUGCAGGUGCACGAGUUGUACCAGUAAGGCCUGAUCUUACUGAUGAAGAGUAUGUAAAGCUUUUCCAUUCUAUUAAUGGGGUCCUCUUCCCUGGAGGAAGCGCUGACCUCAAGAAGUCAGGUUAUGCCCGCACAGCCAAAAUAUUUUACAGCCUUGCCACACAGAGUUUUGAUGAUGGAGACUACUUUCCGGUGUGGGGUACAUGCCUUGGGUUUGAAGAGCUUUCGUACCUGGUCAGUGGAGAGUCAUUAUUAACACACACAAAUACCGAAGGAAUCACAAUGCCGCUGAACUUCACUAAAAGUGAGAAUUCUCCUUUUGACCCUUUAAGAAGCAUUGAAUUAGAGCCUCUGACUGCAAAUUUCCACAUGUGGAGCCUCUCCAAGAUGAAUUUUACGAAGAAUGAAAAAUUAAAGGCGUUUUUCAAUGUACUAACUACAAAUAAUGAUGGCAAGAUUGAGUUUAUUUCAACAAUGGAAGGGUACAAGUAUCCAGUGUAUGGCGUCCAGUGGCAUCCAGAGAAAUCUCCUUACGAGUGGGGGUUAUUUGACGGCAUUUCCCACGCACCCAACGCUGUGAAGGCUGCAUUUUAUUUAGCGGAGUUCUUUGUUUCUGAAGCUCGGAAAAACGGUCAUCAUUUUCAAUCUGAUAUUGAAGAGGAAGAAGCACUGAUUUAUCAGUACCAUCCCGUCUAUACUGGAAAUAUUUCUCGAUUUCAGCAAAGUUAUAUAUUUAAUUGAAAGCUUUCCAUAUGUUAACAGAAAUUUUGAAUAAUUCCAUGAUGAAAUUGUUUCAAUAACUUGAUACUCAUGGCAGUAAUGGAAAGCCACUGAGGUUUCGUCUUUAUGUUGUUACUGGCUCUGCAUCUGUAUUCAGUAUAUUUGACUAUAUCACAUUUGAUAAUUCGUGAGGCAGAUAAACAAUCAUAGUGUAUUUCAUGUAAAAGCUUCCUUUUAUCUCAAGAUUAGAAAAAAAUUCAUUUAUUGAAAAUACAGGUAUUUUAUUUUUUUUCUGAUUGAUUCUGGAAAUAAACACCACCCCAUACCCGGUCUACCCAUC